GCACCAACUUGUGAAGGAUAGACACGUGCACGCACUUUCAUACCGGCUGGCCUGGCAGCCCCGAUACAUUGUGACCAGAAGGGACAGCCAGGCAUUGUCCCCCAAACCCUGAUUUGCCAGACAGCCCGCCCUGGUCCCUGCCUCGUUUUGCAGGACUGCUUAUCGUUUCCAUCAUAGACACACUCGUUUUUGUGUUCAGUGGAGACGCAAUGAUUGAAUGAACUUUCAGAAUGAAUCUGUCUGUCUGUCAUGUCAGUCGAGGAUGGCCUGGUGUGAGAGUGAGCGUGGGUGCAUCUGUGUCCUCAUCUUCUGGACAGGGGUUGGCCUCCAGCCACUCAUCUAGAGACUCCCGAGAGAUUACCAAGCCUGAGAGACCAAGAAUAGGUCAUGUAUUCAACACGCGUCUGAUGCCCUUGUCACUGUGCCAUGUCAACCUACCUGUGUCGUCUGUGCGGGUGAAGGCAAGGCCUGGAGUGAAAUCGUGUGUUAGGAUCCUCCGGGCAGCAUGGCUCGGGAUGUUCACCUCGCGCACACGCCAGCCAGCGCUUGCACCACGCACCGGUUUCAUCCUGAUUAUCAGCUCAGACGGUUCCAGAUGGCCACGCUGUAGCCUGUCAAGAUGGUAACGCACUGCAAAGCACAUAUGCAACCCUACAGACACACACGUGCUCGUGACGAAGCCUACGUGCGAGUCUGAAGACGGCGAGCGUCAUGUCUUGUGCGCGCAGCGCCCUCAGUGGCUGCUCCACCUGCUUGUAAAACCACUCGGACGUCGCGUCGCCACGCUGACUGCACCGAAGAAAGAAAACACAGCGCCACAGUGGCUUCAUAUACCGCGCAGUUGAGCACACCAGCGUGCCUUCCUCCUCACCGUGGCUGCAAUGGCUCUUCUCCCUCUUUCUCGCCUUCUUGCUGCUCCCACUGCAGCCGUGCGAGGUCCAAAUCUAGCAUCGUACCUGCACGGACACACACACAGGCUUAUGGAUGCACCCACACAUACUGUGUACGGGAGUCAUCGCACCGGCGACAUAGGUGGCUAGCUGGCCAAGGUCCAGCACACGGGACGAAGAGGUUUGAGCUGCCUUCCCACACAGGCACCACAGAAGCAGAGAGCAUCACGGAAUCUUCAUGCAACGGUCCCUUCUCUGCAAUUGCUUCUCUGCCUGCUCGUACAUGAGAAUCAGCGGGCAUGGCAUUGAAUCUCGCUGGUGGGAUGCCCACAUAGGCAAUGGCGGCCAGCGCAACGCGCCGGGCACGACCUGCAUACAGAAAAGAGAGCAGUGCGCUACACUGCUGUUGCUCGCAUGAUGGACGCCUCUGUGUCCGGAUGCUGACCCCUGAUGCACGCCGAUAUGAAGUCGGUGUAGAUGUGGGCGGACCGGGAUGGGUCGAGCACCCUGUUGGUUCGCAGGGCAAUGUUCUUGCGGAAGACGUGAAGCUGCCGCUGCCAGUCGCCGGCCGACGGCCUAGAAGCGUCCUCACACGACCUGCACAUACAUAAACUCACUCGAGAAAUGAUUUGUACAACGAGUUGGUUCGGUGCUCGUGCGCUGCUUGCUGACUUGUACGUGUAGCAGUCGGUGCAGACGCCCAUUGCAGCCACAUCACGCAACAAAGAACCAUCUACAGACAUACACCCAUCAGCCAACAUCACUUUGCCCUCACAUGUAUCCCUUUGCGGCACUCAUUCACCUUCAAGAGCGUCAGCAACAGACGACGACCCUCGCCGCAGCAUCUCCCUGACGACAGACAGCAGCACGCAACCAGACCACGCCGUCAUCAAUAUGCGCUGACCACCCUUCCUCCCUCCCUGGCCCCUCUUAGUAGCUAGUACCAAUCAGACAGCAUGACAGGUUCUUGCAGUGUCACCAAGGAUCCAAGAUCUAACCUCAUCAGCCGCUCAAACAACGUGUCGGUGCCCACUGCCGUGCUCAUAGUGGUGCAGCGAUGCCUUCUGUGCAGCUUUUGGCCUUUGACCCGCAGUGGCCAGGCGGCCGGGCGGAUGAAUGCAGACUUGCAAGGGGCGAGGGGAUGACUCGUUGCUGUGAUCAGCGACCUUCUGCAGAGCGCUGCUGCUGCUGAUCCAUAGCAGCUGCAGGCGGCCAGCAGCACCAGACAUCGCUGCGGUAUGCCAGUGGCUGCUGCCUUCUGCGGAGAUGGAACGCCGCCGUUUCUUUCCUGCAGAGCAUCCAUUACACCAAGAGCUG